AUGACAAUAAAAGUUAAUAAGCAAAGCAAGACAUUACUACCAAGCCAGCUACCAAAUGAGCUCUUAAUUCUAUUAUCAGCCAAAGUGUCUCCUCAAGAUCGCCAUGCCUGUAUGAAUGUGUGUCAUUCAUGGCGCACAGCGUUCUACCAUCUCUCAUUCAUCUCUGUCCAAAUCUACACACGCAAUCGUCUUCUGGAUUUUAUAAAAGAUCUUCUGCAGAACAAGACGACAAAAUAUUCAUUUGGAGAUUGUAUUCGUGAACUUCGACUAUACAAAACCGGUAUAACUCAGGACGACCUAAAACAGCUUGAAUACUUUUGUCCUGGCCUUGAAAUCCUGGACUUUGAUCCGAAAAUGUGGCUGUAUUUUACAGAUCACACGCUGAUUGGAAGAAACUGGAAAUCGCUUUCAAGGCUACCAGUACUUACAAGUGUUGUAUCUGCGCAGAUAUUAGCCAAAACGUUCAAGAGCAGUUUGGCUCACCUCGAAUUUGAUGGAAGCAUAAUCGAUAGCUUGUCAUUCAUAGAUAACAUUAUUCCUUUAAUUCGAUCAUUACCUUUGCUAACACAUCUCAGCCUGACCUGUUCAUUCACUCAAUUAAGCCUUGAAGGUUACGAGAAUAUACACUUGUCUCUCCCACAUCUACAAAGCCUCUUACUUAACGGAUUUUUGCUAACAUUAACUGACCAAGACAAAGUAUCAUUAGCUCAUCUCGAUGUUCCCGUAUUCCGACGUCUGCGCAAGUUAUCUCUGACAGCAAAUCUGGAAAGUCCCGCGUGGCUUUCGCUGAUUCUGAAGCAAUACCCAGAGCUGGAGUCCUUUGAGGCCAAUCUCAGCUUUGAAGAAAGCAGUUUUGAACAAGAAGCUUAUUUUCAAGUCAAUGAUGUUUUCUUGUUUGCAGCCACAAAGUGGAAUCGUUUAUCUCUGUUCAUCUUGUCUGGAAUGAUCCAAUCUGCAUGGCCAGGACGAGACUUUUUAAAGUGUUUAGAUGAAGCAGGAUCUCGACUCGAAAUCUAUAGAGUAACCCGUUACGAUAAUGAAAGUAUGGAUGAAGAAGAACUGGCCAAUAUUAUUCGCUACACACAUAGCUCUCUUACCAGCCUUUCACUCUCUGUUUCCUCUGAGCCAUGGUAUCCUCUCUCGAAUACGUCUACAAUUACCCAAAAGCUUUCUAAUAUGCUAUGUUUAACUGACCUCAAUAUUUCUUCAACUCUUAUUGAUGGAUUCACCACCUGUUCUAUUGACACACUUCUGGAUGACUGUCCAGUUCUAAUUAAGCUAACAAUAGCAGGUGGAUUCGUGACAGCCUGUGAAAGAGAUUUAUUUACUGAACACCCCCUCAAGACCUUGAAUAUGAUUUAUAUUUAUGUUGAUCCACAUGUGUUUAAACAUAUUUCAAGACGAUGUCCAAAACUCUCAAAAUUAUAUCUGUCGCACUGUAUUAAGGAGUCGGGUCACAUGCCGAGUCUCUCAUUUUCGAUAGACAUGCCAAUCCAGGAAUUUUCAUCUAUAAAAAUCGAUAGCUUGUCUGCCACCGGGGAUUUCUCCUUGGCUUGCCACCCUAGAUCCUCAAUAUUUUCUCUUGUUCAAUUGAAAAAAAAGAAAGGCCAAUCGAUAAGGUGGUAUCAUGAAACAUACUCAGCCAAUAAUACUCAUGUCAGACGCUUGAGCUUAAAGAAACUAAAAGCUGUCAAAGAGUAUGUCCGAUCUGCGUCGGCUAUGAUGAUGCCUGUGCCCUACACUCGUUGGAAACAAUUUGAACGCAAUCUUUGGUAUGGUCAUGUGGACAUUUGCUGUAGAUCAGUAAAGCGCUUGAUUAUAGAUGGUGUUUUGGUGUGA